AUGGCCUUCAAAGACAGAGUCCUUGGAACAAAGACUAUCCUGCUGAACUUGCUGGUCUGUUUGCUGGUAAUCUACACAGUCUACUACCUGUUUGCAAGUGUCUGCAUUGGAGCAUUUGGUCAUGAUUCAUUCGAUGGGUUGAUUCCAUUUGACUUUAAAACUCCAGCUUCAACAUCCAGCUCAAAGUACCUAGUUUCUUUCUUCACUCUCCUGGUGAACCUGCUGUCAACGGAAUUGACAUAUUUCAUCAGCGGUCUGCUGUUUGCAGCUGUAGUUAAGGAAAGGGUUUGGGACGACUCUUUCACAGUUGCACUCAAUCAUAUCCUGCUGACUUCAGCAGUGAAGGUCGAAUUUCCUUUAGUAUGGCAAUGGUGUUUGGCAUUGGCUGAUGUCGGUUUGUUGCUGAUGAUUGGUAAUGGACAGUUGGUUGCACAUUUCGUUUGCCGGAAUAACCCCAGUUACUCUUUCGUUGAUGUUUGA